GUUGGCAGCUGCCGGGCGGUCCUGCAGAGCGGCGAGGGCAGCAGCGGAGGGAAAAGAAAAGGGAACGGCUCGCAAUCUGCCCCAGCGGCUGCUGCAAGACCUCGGCGCCAACCCCGCACGAGCGAGCGCCUCACAGCCCCUCGGCCGCCGCUCUAUGUGCUGCUGAGCCGGUCCUGGACCCGACGAGCCCGCCUUCGGUGUUCCGAGCAGAAAUCGCCAAGACGGAAGGACUGGAAAUGGCAGACCAUAUGAUGGCCAUGAACCACGGGCGCUUCCCCGACGGCACCAACGGGCUGCACCACCACCCUGCCCACCGCAUGGGCAUGGGGCAGUUCCCGAGCCCACAUCACCACCAGCAGCAGCAGCCCCAGCACGCCUUCAACGCCCUCAUGGGCGAGCACAUACACUACGGCGCGGGCAACAUGAAUGCCACGAGCGGCAUCAGGCACGCCAUGGGGCCGGGGACUGUGAACGGGGGGCACCCCCCGAGCGCUCUGGCCCCCGCCGCCAGGUUCAACAACUCCCAGUUCAUGGGCCCCCCGGUGGCCAGCCAGGGAGGCUCCCUGCCGGCCAGCAUGCAGCUGCAGAAGCUCAACAACCAGUAUUUCAACCAUCACCCCUACCCCCACAACCACUACAUGCCGGAUUUGCACCCCGCUGCAGGCCACCAGAUGAACGGGACAAACCAGCACUUCCGAGAUUGCAACCCCAAGCACAGCGGCGGCAGCAGCAGCACCCCUGGCGGCGCGGGCGGCAGCGGCACCCCCGGCGGCUCCGGCGGCACCUCGGGCGGCGCUGGCGGCAGCGGCGCGGGCAGCAGCAGCGGCGGCGGCGGUGGCAACACCAUGCCCGCCUCGGUGGCUCACGUCCCCGGGGCAAUGCUGCCGCCCAAUGUCAUAGACACUGAUUUCAUCGACGAGGAAGUGCUUAUGUCCUUGGUGAUAGAAAUGGGUUUGGACCGCAUCAAGGAGCUGCCCGAACUCUGGCUCGGCCAAAACGAGUUUGAUUUUAUGACGGACUUCGUGUGCAAACAGCAGCCCAGCAGAGUCAGCUGUUGACUGGGUUAACCUCGGCGGCGGCGGCGGCGG